AAUCCUUUGGCUGUUCUUUUCAAGGAAGUGAUCAGCGAUGAAGAGAUCAAAAUAGUUGAGGAGUUGGCCAUACCCAGGCUGGCCCGUGCAACAGUCCACGAUUCCACUUCGGGUAAACUUGUCCAUGCCAGCUACAGAAUCAGCAAAAGUGCAUGGCUGAAAGGAUGGGAGCACGAAGUUGUUGACCGCCUCAACAAGCGUAUCGACAUGAUGACCAAUCUUGAAAUGGAAACAGCUGAAGAACUGCAAACCCAAAAUUACGGUGUUGGUGGUCACUACGAUCCACAUUUUGAUCACGCAAGAAAGGAAGAAACUGAAUCGUUCAAAUCUCUUGGCACAGGAAACAGGAUCGCCACUGUACUUUUCUAUAUGACAGAGCCGACGUACGGUGGUGGCACUGUCUUCACCGAGGUCAAAUCUGCCGUACUUCCCACAAAGAAUGAUGCGCUGUUUUGGUACAACCUCAUGAAGACGGGAGAUGGCGACGCGAGAACUCGUCAUGCCGCCUGCCCGGUACUGCUUGGAGUAAAAUGGGUCACGAAUAAAUGGGUCCAUGAACGAGGAAAUGAAUUCCGUCGUCCAUGCGGCCUGAAGAUGUCGGAUGGUGAACGGUUCAUCGGUGAUCUCGGUUUUGGACCGGAGCCAAGAGAUGCUCCAAAUCUGAGCCCAGAUUUGUCCAAGGAUAUUUUCAACACCAUCUAA